CACUAAGUAUCAAAGUACAUUCGUAAAAUAUAUAGUUUUAUUCAGCAUUUUAGGAACCUUUUUGUUUAUCAGUUCUUGGAACUGUGUAUGAAAUGAGAAUAUCUGGUUCGCAUCCUUUUUCAUCUCUGAAAAUCUCUUCUUCUCGCAUCUAUCACUCAAUAUGAUGCUUCUAUUACCGACAUGAAUGAUUUGGGCUUGUGGUUUUGACCUUCUGAGAUGUGAGUUUAUGUGGGGAAAAGUCAAUUUCUUGCAUUGUUGUAGGUAAUGGGUACUGUAUAUUUUUUCUAUGAUAAAGAACUGUGGCCUUUUCUACUUCCUCUGAGCUGUUUAAAUUACGCGUAAAUAUUACGAUUGGGUAAUCCAUUUUAAUCAUGGGCACAUCAAGAAAUCAACUUUUAAGAAUGGAGUCAUUGACCCCAGAUUUAGAAGACUUUGAUAGCUCUGGAGGAGCCUCAUCUCUGAGUUCUUCUUUGAUCUUCUUUGUUUUCAAGAGAGCAUCGGGGUUAUCUUCACUUCCAAUCUCUGAAUCAAGAAUCCAAAUUUUCCGUGAUUGAUUGAAGAGGCGAGCCAAUAUGGGUGGAGUGGGAGAUCAAUUGGAUAUCAAGUUUCGAUUGAACGAUGGGUCUGAUAUCGGUCCCAAAACUUUCCCUGCUGCCACAAGCAUAGCAACCUUGAAAGAAAGCAUUCUUGCUCAAUGGCCAAGAGAAAAGGAGAACGGUCCAAGAACAGUAAAGGAUGUGAAGCUAAUAAGUGCAGGAAAAAUCUUGGAGAAUAACAGAACAGUGAAUGAUUGCAGAAGCCAAUUAUAUGACAUUCCUGGUAGUGUUACAACCAUGCACGUUGUUAUUCAACCUCCAAGUUUGGAGAAAGAGAAGAAAGGUGGCGACCCAUCAACACAAAACAAGUGUGUUUGUGCUAUACUAUAAAGGGAAUUUGAGUGCAUAAAAGAUAGCAAAUUUUCCUUUUAAAUGCUGGGAAUCUGUUGAAGAAGCUUAUUCUGGAGGUUUUGUUAUUGUUUCGACAGUCGCUUGAGGUAUCAAAGAUGGGGAAGAGGAGGAUGGGAUAUUUAUAAAGACAAGCCAGUUUGUUGAACAGAUCUACUAUGAAUAGCUUCAUUUGUUGUUUAGAUUGAUUUUGUGGAACCCUUCUGCUAUCUCAGAUGUUUGUGGUGAAAGCUUUUAUAUACUUAAAGUUGCAGUU